AUGUCUUAUGGAUCCAUCACUGGCGGAGGUGGCCUGGGGAGCCGCAGCCCUUUCGGGGCACCCUCAAGACAAGGCUAUCAGCCCCUAGAGUGCGCUAGAUGUUGGACCGAGUAUGGAAUCCGCCAUUUCCCCUGCCCAUCGCCAGAGAGCAACUCACAGGACCCCUGUGUGGGGAAGGACGGGGAAGGCGAUCUGGGGCCGGCAGGUGCACCCAGAGUCCCGAGGGCCAGGAAGCGAGGGCCAGGGGUUGCCCCUGAAGGCAGCCGGACACCAGAGCCCACCUCGCCACCCACCACUGGCCCGAGAAAGGACUUGGCUGCUGGGCCCCAUGGCCGCAUGACGGGACCCAGUGCCAGCCGGGCCAAGAAGAGGAAGCCCAACUUCUGUCCACAGGAGACUGAGGUGCUGGUGUCCAAGGUGAGCAAGCACCACCAGCUGCUGUUCGGCACAGGGCUGCUGAAGGCCGAGCCCACCCGCAGGUACCGCGUGUGGAGCCGCAUUCUGCAGGCCGUGAACGCACUGGGCUACUGUCGCCGUGAUGUCGUGGACCUGAAGCACAAGUGGCGGGACCUGAGAGCGGUUGUGCGGCGCAAGCUGGGCGACCUCCGGAAGGCAGCCCACGGCCCUGACCCAGGCUCUGGCAAGCCCCAGCCCCUGGCACUCACACCCGUAGAGCAGGUGGUGGCCAAGACCUUCUCCUGCCAGGCCCUGCCCUCCGAGGGCUUUGGCCUGGAGCCGCUCAGAGCCACCCAGGUCGAUCCUCGGGACCUCCAGGAGCUAUUCCAGGAGACUUCGGCCAAUGUCUUCCGAAUCAACUCCAGCGUGACCUCCUUGGAGCGGAGCCUCCGGUCCCUGGGAACACCAAGUGACACGCAGGAGCUUCGGGACAGCUUGCACACGACGCAGCAGGAGACCAACAGAACCAUCGCAGCCAGCGCCGGCACCAUGAAGCAGAUGUCCGAGCUCCUGCACGGCUCCUGCCCGCUACACCUUCUAUUUGCCCAGGAGCGCCUUCAGCUGGACCGGCUGAAAACGCAGCUAGCAGAUGCACUGCAGCGCUACGGAGUGGUGCAGAAGAAAAUUGCAGAGAAGUCCAGAGCACUGCUUCCCACAGCACAGAGGGGCGGCAAACAGAGUCCCCAGGUCCCUUUUGUGGAGUUGGCCAAUGAUGAGAAGAUCUUUAAUGGGGGCGACAGCGUUUGGCAGAGCCAGGAGCAGGCGCUGCUUCCGGAUAUCACGGAGGAGGACCUGGAGGCCAUCCGGCUGCGUGAGGAGGCCAUCCUGCAGAUGGAGAGCGACUUGCUGGAUGUGAAUCAGAUCAUCAAGGACUUGGCCUCCAUGGUGUCAGAGCAAGGAGAAGCCAUCGACAGUAUUGAAGCUGUCAUUGAGGCUGCGUCCUCGCAUGCGGAGGCGGCCAGCGAGCGCCUGGCCAGAGCCAGCCGGCACCAACUCCAGAGGUGCAAGAUCAAGUGCUGCUUCCUGUCAGGUGGAGUCACUGCCCUGCUGGUCGUCAUCCUCAUCAUCAUUGCCACAUCUGUCUGA